UUUGAAGUUUGCUGUUCUCAAUUUUUUCCCCACUCAACAGCUUUCAGGCUUUGGUUUCAUGUCAGCAAUCUUUAUCUGCCUUCCAAAAAUAAGCCUCUGCCGCCAUGCUCAAGACAGAAAAACAAGAAGGGCGGUAUUUUUAGGGCCAUUAAUUCUGACCACGUGUCCAGAAGGUGAACCGGAUGGUAGUUGCACAAAGGCUACUCAUCACUAUGUCCUACGGAGCCAGAAAUCACUGGACGUUGACUGCUCUUGUUGUCCUUGGUUUUCUGACUGAGAUUGUUUCAUCAUAUCCUCUUCCAUACAGAGUUAAUGGAACUUUAUUAGAAAGAAAAUGGGAUUCUAUUUUAACCAGAUCUAUUGGGAUGCCUUCGGACAAAUCAGAUGUAAAGUGGAGGCGCGACUAUUUGAUUGGAAUCAAAAGACAAAGAAGACUUUACUGUAAUAUUGGCAUCGGGUUUCACCUACAGGUCCUCCCAGAUGGAAUGAUCAGUGGUAUACAUAAUGAAAACCAAUACAGUCUGAUACAAAUUUCAACUGUAGAACGAGGGGUAAUUAGCUUAUUUGGUGUGAAAAGUCACCUGUUUGUAGCAAUGAACAGCAAAGGAAAAAUAUAUGCUUCGCCUACGUUUCAAGAUGAAUGCAAAUUUAAGGAAAUCAUGCUAUCGAAUAAUUAUAAUGCAUACGAAUCCAAAAUGUAUAAAGGUGCCUAUCUUGGAUUAAGCAAACAUGGAAAAAUAAAACGAGGAACUAAAAUCUCGCCUGCCAUGACAGUGACGCAUUUUCUCCCGAGAUUAUGAAAAACAAAUAACACUUACUGCAAAAUGUGUAUUUAAAUUUGCACAUGUGAAUAAUCUCCCAGGUAAAAUAUUUAUACAGUGUCAGAAUAUAUGUAUAUUUGGAUGAAAAUAUUUAUAUUGUAUCCACUAUACCCUACACUCAUUGGUAAUAUUGCUUACUGUGCUACAUAGAUGCAUAAGAAAUGUGUGCUAUAUUUAGCACAGUGACGUUAAUUCAUCCCUGACGGAUAGAGAAAACACAUUAAGGGCUUUGUUUUCCAAAGGACUUCUAUGAUUCUUUUUUUUUUCUAUGGGAAAAUUUCAACAUUAAGUCCUUUAAGUUAAUAGAAGUGUUUAAGUACUUCUUAUACCUCAAAAUAUAGUUUUCUGUUUUAUUUCUAAACAGUAUGUGCAUGUAUAUUUACUUAGUAGGAAUAUCAAAUGUAUUAUGGAUGGUUUCAUACAAAGAAAAUAUGCCAAAAUCUGUGUGACAUUAACAGAUUCACUAAGGGAUUUAUACAUAUAUUUACAAAUAGUUUAUUGGCUCAUGAGCGAGUUGACACUUAGAAGAUAACCUUGGAUGGUCACAGUUAAGCAUCUGUCUCAUCAUAGGGAAACUCAAGCGCAUACCAUGGUGGGAUCUCUUGCUGCUUAGGACAUGGGCAUACUCACGAUGAAGUCCAAGUCCAAGGCAUUCUGUGCGUUGGUGGCAUCAAUGAGUAGCUCAAUAAGUGGGUUUUCACCAAGAUGAACUCUUAACACCAAUCAAGUCUCAACUCUUUAAGUCUCGGAAUGCUAUAGACAGUCCGCAAAGUGUACUCAAUUAUAUAUAAUUUUCCACGGGACAAUAAUUUGAAUCAAAACACUUAGUAAAUCCUCCAUUGAUGUAAUGCUGAGAGUGUUCUUCAGAAAAUAUAACAAAUAAUAUGUAUGAAAGUCAAUAUUUUAAUUUAAGGAAAUGCUAACAUGUUAUGUUGUCAGUGGUAUUGGUAUACCAUUCUUAAUAAAUUAUUAUUCAUUUAAAGUAUUAAUUAACAUUUAGAAUUGGGAGUGUCAAAAGUGCAGCACUGUGCAGUUGUUGAAAUAUGCAAGUGGGUGCUACUGGGGUCCAACAACCUCUAGUAGGACAGAGCUUGAAGCUCUCGCUCUAAUUUACUACCUUAACAUUGUGCCAAAGAUCUCU